ACCGACCAGACCUGUUUGAAAUCCGUUAACGGCGGCUGGCGGAGACCCCGCGCGAGGCGGCUGCGGCGCUGAGCUAAGCUGCAGGAGUGCAGCUGUGCCCAGAGGCUGCCCGGGGCCGGCGUGAGGCUGAAGAUGUCUUGCCCCAAGUCUCGCUACUCCUUUGAUCUCCCAAACCCUUGCAUCGACUUUGCCACUCUGAGUGAUGAUGAUGUGCAGAACCCAGACUCCUGGUUUGACCGAAAAGACAAUCAGGAGAACGUUCCCCCUGAAGAUAACCUGGCCAAGGUCUCCCUGAAGAGCCCUGCUCCUGAUCUCCUCCUGUCUUCUAUCCCGUCACGAGAAAUCAAAUGUGCAAAGCAAGGUGAAGAUGAUGGCCAAGCAAAAUGUGUGCAGAACAACACAGUUCCUCCCAACCUUUUUGGAAGCAUGGCGAGCUGGAGAGCUGCUGCUGCUCCUGCAGAGGCCCCUCAGAGAGCUUGCAGGAGCCAGGCUGCAAAGCAGAGUAAAGCACAGAAGCAGCAGCCAGGCAGAGUGACUGUGGAGAAGAAUGCUGAUGCCUUGGCUAGCAAGGAAGAGGUCCCACCCCCCAAAAAAAUGAGGCUCCUCAGGGUGCCAGGGAGACCUAGGCCACCUCUGCCUGCAGUGAGUUCUAGCAGCACAGAGAAGCUGACAGAAGGCUCCACGAAGGCAGAGCCCUCGCAGGGUGCUGAGCUGUCGCCAGGCAGAGGGGAGAGCAAGCUGACCGUGCCCUCCACCCCAAGGAUGCUGAAGAGGAUCAAGGUCUCUGAGAAGCCAAAGAGCACAGAGGAGCAGGAGCUGGAGAAGAUGCAGCAGCUGCAGCGGGAGGUGAUGGAGCUGCGGAAGAAGAAUGAGGAGUCUCUGAAAGCAGCAAUUGCUGGGACAGGCCAACCCCUGAAGAGAGCUGGUGGUCAAGUAACAAAACCAAUCGACUUCCACUUCUGCACGGAGGACAGAAUCAAGCAGCAUGGAGAGAGUCAGCCUGGGAACGAGUACAAGGAGCUGGAUUUUGCAGCAGUGCUGAGGAAACAUCCUACUCCCCCGGCACGACUGCCAAAGGGACCAACUGUCCCCAAACCCUUCAAUUUAUCCCAAGGAAGGAAAAGGAAACUGGAAGAAGCCACCCCAGAGUACAUGUCCCUUGCCCAGCAGGUAGAAGCCUUCCAGAAGGGCACUCCCUCGCGCUACCACCUGAGGAGCAGGAAGUCUGAGGAGGGCCGAGCUCCACAGAAGGUGGCCAAGGCUCGGCUGACAAACCCCAAGACCCCUGUGCUGCGCACCAAGCAGCGCUUCAGACCUGCCACCUGCAAGACGACAGCAGAGUUAGAAGCAGAGGAGCUAGAAAAAAUUCAACAGUACAAAUUCAAGGCACAAGAACUCGACCGCAAAAUCUUUGAGGGUGGACCACUGCUACCCAAGAAACCCCCUGUGAAGGAGCUCACACAGCCUGUGGGCUUUGAGUUGGAGAUAGAGAAAAGGAUCCAGGACCGUGAGAGUAAGAAGCAGCAGGAGGAAGAGCACUUUGAGUUCCAUUCCAGGCCCUGCCCAACGAAAAUCCUGGAGGACAUUGUGGGUGUGCCAGAGAAGAAGUCUCUUCCUCUGACAAUCCCCAAGUCUCCAGUCUUCACCUCGAAGAGGAGAACCCGAGCUGCUGUCAGAGAGGAGGAAAAGGACAAAGAAGUGGUGCCUGUGAUCAAAGCCAAUCCCAUGCCAUACUAUGGAGUGCCCUUCAAACCUAAACUGGCAGAGCCAAAGUGUGUGGAAGUUUGCCCCUUCUCUUUUGAUGCCCGAGACAAAGAGAGGCAGAUCCAAAAAGAGAGGAAAAUAGAAGAGCUGCAAAAGGAAGAGGUGCCCAAGUUCAAAGCUCUGCCUCUGCCUUACUUUGACCAAGUGAGGCUGCCAGAAAAGAAGGUGAAAAAGCCAACUCAGCCUGAGCCCUUCAACCUGCAGGUGGAUGAGAGGGGAGCUGCUAAGCAGCAGAGCUGGAAGCAGCAGCUCAAAGAAGACUUGAAAAGGCAGAAGGAAGCAGCAUGUUUUAAAGCUCGACCCAACACAGUGGUGUACCAGGAGCCUUUUGUGCCCAAAAAGGAAAGCAAGCAGUUAUCAGAGAGCCUUUCUGGUUCUGUAGUUCCUGAAAGCUUUGAGCUGGCCACAGAAAAAAGAGCUAAAGAGAGGCAGGAGUUUGAGAAACGCCUGGCAGAUAAAGAGGCCAUGAAGGAGAGGCACCUGGAGUAUCUCAGGCAGCAGCAGGAGGAGCGUGAGAAGGAAGAAGUUGCUAAGCUGAGGCAAGAACUGGUGCACAAAGCAAACCCUGUGCGCAGGUACCAGAGCCUGGAGGUGAAGCCCAGCGAGCAGCCUCUCACCAUGCCCAAGUCCCCCAACUUCUCCGACCGAUUCUGCUGCUGACAGCAUCCACCUGCUGGGAGGGUCCCAGGAGGAGGCUCCCAUCCCUCUCCAUUCCCUCGGGAAGCAGAGAGGGAAGAGGUUUUUAUUUGAUGUCAUUGCUCAGCCUCGGUGCCUGUUCUUGGUUCCUUUGUUGUUCUGUCCUGGUGAGUAGUUUGCCUGCAGCUGAGGCAGGUGGCUGAGGAAUAGUUGCCCAGGCAGUGCCAGAAGCUCUCCACUGCCUUCAUGCUGUUCUCUGAAGAAAAAGCAGCCUUUGGUAUUUUAUAAAGGUAUUGUGUACCAAAUAAACACUUCUCAUCUUA